AUGCGUUGCGAGACCUGCCUCAACCUCCAAUAUGAGGACUCUGACCCCGGAACCCAUUCUAGCACCAUUCCAUUCAAGACAAACUACCAUGAGACACUCGGCGCAGUCCGCCAGUCAGCCGAUGAGGCUUGUCACUUUUGCACCAUGAUUCUCGCCGGUCUGAACUCAUGCCGGCGCGAGAACGAAGCCAUUCCCCCAGGUGACACGGCCAUCAAACUCAAGUUGUCCAUGCAGCGAGGAUGGGAUAAGAUAAAGGGAACACACGUCAAAUAUGACGGGACCAUUACGGUCAGUAUGGCAGGCAUGCCGGGGUACGUUCAUUACAGGGUGCAACCUGCCUCGGGACCUGAAGACCCAACCUAUCCUCUCGUCCCAGACGCCACCAACGACACCCACACCGGCAGCGCGCGCACCAUGGCCCUCAUCCGAUCCUGGCUCACCCACUGCCAAACCCACCACCACGCGACCUGCGCGUCCCCCUCCCAGGCAGCCCCCCUCCCCACGCGCCUCAUCGAUGUCUCCCCGCCCAACAACCCCACCGGCGCAGUCCUAAUCGAAACCGCCACCCUCCCCCCUCCCUCACCACCAACCUCGCCAACCUCACCAACCUCACCAACCUCACCCCAACCCGCAAACCCACCAAGCUACCUCGCCCUCUCCCACUGCUGGGGCACCCACCCCCCCCUCACCACAACCACCACCACCCUCCCCACCCACCUCCUCUCCCUCCCCCCACUCACAACCCUCCCCCCAACCUUCCACCACGCCAUCCUCGCCACGCGCGCCCUGGGAUUCCGCCACCUCUGGAUCGACUCGCUCUGCAUCCUCCAAGACUCCCGCGCCGACUGGGCGCGCGAAGCGUCGCGCAUGGGCGACUAUUUCGCGCGGUGCGCGCUCGUGCUGGCGGCGGCGGAUGCGGCGGAUUCGGGGCGGGGAAUGUUUAGGGUGCGAGAGCCGUGGGCGUGUCAGCCGCUGGUGGGGGUGAAGAUGCGGAUGCCGCGGGCGGGGGUGGUGAGGAGGGAGGAGAGGGGGAAGGGGUGGGCGUGGUAUGAUUGGCCGGCGGGGGAUGAGGUGGUGAGGGUGGGGAGGGUGUUGGGGUGGGGGACGGCUGCUGGGGGAUGGGGGGGUGGGAGUGGUGGGAGGUUGGGGGUGGGGCCGUUGGAUGGGAGGGCGUGGACGAUGCAGGAGUUGGUUUUGGCGGGGAGGAUGGUCAGGUGGGAGGGGUUUCGGGUGAGGUGGGUUUGUAAGGGGGGUGAGGCGUGUGAGAACGUGCCUGAGAUGAGGGAGGUGGGCGAGGGGGUGGUGGAGGUGGCUAAGGGGCUCGGGGCUGGGUGGGUGCGGUUGUUGGGUGGGGAGGGGAGAGUGCGGGAGGGGGUGGAAAAGCAGGAGUUGUAUAUGGAUUGGUAUAAGACGGUGGAGAGGUACACCGUGAGGGCCAUCACCAAGCAGUUCGAUAUUCUGCCUGCGGUUGGGGGCUUGGCGAGUCGGUUUCAGGAGUUGGUGGACGAUCACUAUGUGGCCGGGCUAUGGGAGAAGGAUAUCCAUCAGGGGUUACUGUGGACAGUUGAAGGGCCGAUCCAGCCGGGCGAACAACCGUUCAGGGCUGCCAGCUGGUCAUGGGCGUCGAUCAACUUGACGAGCAUCAAGUUCGACGAGAUACCUCAACCGAAGUACCAUGGAGUAUGGAAAAAGGACUGGUUCGAGGUCGAGGAAAUCACGACACCUCUGGCGACCAUCAACCAGUACGGCGAAGUAGAUGGCGGGGUGUUGAGAGUCACGGGCUAUCUGAGAGAAGUUAAGCUGGCUGGGGCCUCAGUCGCGGACAAGAUCUACGGGAUACGGAAGAACGUGCUGCUGGACCCCGUAACUGAGGAGUCGCUCGGCAACGUCUUCCUCGAUUACCCCCGGCUAAGCACCGAUUCACCGCUGCAUAUCUGGUGUCUCCCGGUGCUACACACGGGGUCAGCGGGUGGCAACUUAACGUCUAUUUGUUUAGCCGUGCUGCCGGUCGACAAUAACAACGGGGAACAGAGGUUGAGGCGCAUCGGCCUGGCGAAAGUCACAAACAAGAAGUGGGAUCACGGGUUUUUCCCGGAUAGUGGGAAGAGACGACUGUGCUUAAUAUAA